AUGAUGCCCCGAGCAUGGUUGAGCAUUCUUGGUGUAGUGUGCCUGGUGCCCAGUGCUUGCGUGGUGGGCACGGCCAUCGCCGAUGAGCGCACCCGCUACUGCAUUCUCACCUCUGCCGCCGUCAGCGUGGUGGGGUUUGCGCUCACGCUGCGAUUGAUUCCGCUGACCAAGGCAUACACGCUCAAGGCAGGGCUCUUUGGGCUGGACAUUAACAAAAAGGGCAGUCGGGAGGGCGAGAAGAAGGUGCCAGAGUCGCUGGGGCUGGCCUCUGGCGUCGUCUUCCUGAAAGGGCUAGUUGAUUACAAUGCAGCCUUGGCCACCAUCUGCUUCAUGCUGUUCCUCGGCUUUGCCGAUGAUGUGCUCGACAUACCCUGGCGGGUCAAGCUCAUCCUGCCCUGCCUGGCCUCACUGCCGCUGCUCAUCGCUUACAGUGGCGGCACAGGCGUGGUGGUGCCAAAGCUGAUGCGUGGUGGACCUCUGGAACUGCCUGCAUACCUGGAGCUGGGCGUGCUGUACAAGGCGUACAUGGUGAUGCUGGUCAUCUUUUGCACCAACUCAAUUAACAUUCUGGCGGGCGUGAAUGGGUUGGAGGCGGGGCAGACGUUUGUCAUCGCCUGCGCGGUGCUGUUCCACAACUUGCUGACCCUGAGCGGCCCUGUGGGUGCCGUGCCUCUGCUACGUGACGGCCACCUGUUUUCUGCAUAUUUGAUGAUGCCGCUGGCUGCCACCACUCUGGCCUUGCUGGCAUUCAACUGGUAUCCCGCUCAGGUGUUUGUUGGUGAUACAUUCACCUAUUUUGCGGGCAUGGCACUCGCCGUGGCAGGCAUCCUGGGCCACUUUUCUGAGACGCUGCUCAUGUUUUUCAUCCCGCAAAUCAUCAACUUUGUUUACAGCCUCCCUCAGCUCUUCAAGAUUGUGCCUUGCCCCCGGCACAGGCUGCCCAGGUUCGAUCCUGCGACGGGGCUUCUUCAUGCCACCCCCAACAUGAAUGUCGUCAACUUAGUGUUGCGCCUGCUGGGACCCUGCACAGAGUUAUGGCUAUGCAUUCGCAUAUUGCUCUGGCAGAUGGCGUGCUGCCUGACCGCUUUUGCAGCGCGGCAUGCGCUAGCAGGAUGGUACAAGUGA